AUGGAUGGAUUUUUUAAUGGUCGACGACUAUUUGCUGCCCCUCAUAACGGCGCGGUUCUGGUAAGCGGUGACCGCUUGAGAAAUCCACGAAACGUAAGUAUUUUGGAUGAAGACCCAACGUUCUCUGUUUAUAACUUCCCAUCACAUAUGGACCAUUAUCCUGACGAUUGUUUGUCGAUAAGGCGGAGAGAACGCGAAGCUCUUAGUGUUCCUGUGUCUACGGCAACAACUCAAAACGACGGAAUUAUUGUUCCUAUAAUUCGUCUCGAACGUAGCAAUAGUAGCAGUAAUAUUUCUCUCAACCGUUCAGUGGUGCGGGAAGUUCCUAUACAAAUCGUGCCAGCAACAGGCAGUCAUAGCCAAGUGCCGCGGUCAAACUGUUUACCUUCAUCUACUUUAUCAACCAUCGGCAGAUUUCCGGUGAAUGAUGCAGAUGAAGCUUGUGUGAACCUGGAUGUUAAUCAAGGCCACAAGUCACAAGAAAAAGCCGAUGUCAACAAGAAAAUUUCACUACCGAAAAAGCCUAUUUAUGACAGUGUGGCAUCGGGAACUUUAUUUUUAAAGGAUUUGUCUCGUAAUUUAUCGGGAACUAAGCCAACAAAGCUUCCAGUAGCUGCGGAAACAGUAAGGUUGAAAUCAAAUAAUGGAGGAUUAAUGGAAGGUGAUCGCGUGGUUUGGUUCGAUGCAUUGGGUAUACCGCGCCGAGGAACAGCUCGAUGGAUUGGUUAUCUGCGUGGACAUACGAACAUUUACGUUGGAGUUGAUUUUGAUGAAGCAAUAGGUGGUGGAACAGGAUAUUUUGAAUGUGUUGAACUAUUCCGUUGUGCGCCAAAUCAUGCUGGUCUAUUACCAUUAUCGGUAUGCAUGAAAGAGGCAGAUAUGGAUGAUGAGAAAAACAAUACCUUAGAUAUUGGAAGCCUUGGUUUACGACAAUCUUCAUCGGAACCACAACAGCAGCAACAGCAAUCGCUACCGUUUCCGAUUCGAAUUCAUGAGGAUGUAUCUUCUUUACAUGCACAAUCGUUGUUGGUUAACGAAAAAAAAAAUAAAGAGAUAUCCAAGUUUCCGCAAUUUACUGUAG